GAGGGCCGGGGGCGUGUGGGGGGGUGGGUGUUCGGGGGUGGAGAUGUAGAAGAUGUGACGCCGCGGCCGGGCCGGUGCCAGACCAGCCGACGUUGUACCACGGUUGCUGCCGGAUCGCGGGCGCUGCAGCUACGGCAGGCGGCCCUCCCGAGAGCGGCGGCCGCGGAGACACCCAGCCCUAAACCCCAGCUCCCGCCCCGCGCUCUAGGGCAGCGGGAGAGGGAAGCGGCGGAGCGGCUCCAGGCUGGGGGCCCGCGGGCGCGGCCGCGCGCUGCCGGGCGGGAGGCUGGGGGGCCGGGGCCGUGGCCGUGCCCCGGACCGGGUCGGGGGCCGGGGCCGGGGGGCGGCGGCUCCCCGCGCGGCUCCAGGGGCGCGGGCGCCCCGGCAGAGCUCCGGCGGGGCCAUGGCAGCCGGGAGCAUCACCACGCUGCCCGCUCUGCCUGAGGACGGCGGCAGCGGCGCCUUCCCACCCGGCCACUUCAAGGACCCCAAGCGGCUGUACUGCAAAAACGGGGGCUUCUUCCUGCGCAUCCACCCCGAUGGCAGAGUGGACGGGGUCCGGGAGAAGAGCGAUCCUCACAUCAAACUGCAACUUCAAGCAGAAGAGAGAGGGGUUGUGUCCAUCAAAGGAGUGUGUGCAAAUCGCUAUCUUGCCAUGAAGGAAGAUGGAAGAUUACUGGCUUCUAAAUGUGUUACCGACGAGUGUUUCUUUUUUGAGCGAUUGGAAUCUAACAACUACAAUACUUACCGGUCAAGGAAAUACUCCAGUUGGUAUGUGGCACUGAAACGAACAGGGCAGUAUAAACUUGGACCCAAAACAGGACCUGGGCAGAAAGCUAUACUUUUUCUUCCAAUGUCUGCUAAGAGCUGAUCUUAACGGCAGCAUCUGAUCUCAUGUCACAUGGAAAAAGACGUAUAUUUUUGAAAUUUGUUAAUGAAAGAAAAGAAAAAAAAAUGUGUACAGCUAUCUGCUCAGUUUGGAUGAAUGAUCAGAUAACCUUUUUAUCUAAGAGUAAACAUUUAACCAUCGCCUUACUAAAGAAAAGCAACAAAAAUUCCCGGAAAAUGUAUAGACUUCCACCUUUUGUAUUGCAUUUUCCUUUAUCCACUGAAGCUUACUUAGUGCUACAAUCUUUUUCAUACAUUUGCUUCCUUGGAAAAGAGGCUUUUAAAAUUUGCAUGUUUUCAUCAAAUAAGUUUUCUUAUGAAAAUUAUAAACAUUAGAAUAUUAAAGUCAGAUAUUUAGUUAACCCCAAAUGUCCACUACUUUUUAUUGUACGGCACACGUUAUUCUGCAUGUGCAAUUUACUUAAAAUUUUUAAAAACAUGUAACUAUGGAUUUAAUCCAUUCUUGUCAUAGUUCUGUAAUUGGCUGGCAGAUCCUUAUGAUAGAGUUUAUAGAACAAGCCUGUGUAAACUGCCGGAAGUUCUUCCAUGGUGAAAUCAAUCUUGUCAAAGCCUUCUCUGUACCCAUAGAGCAGCAGCCUAGCAACUCUGCUGGUGAUGGGAGUUGUAUUUUCAGUCUUGACCAGGUCACUGAGAUCCAUCCAUUCACACCUUAAGCAUUCGUGCUGGCAAAAAUCUAUGGUGAAUGAAUGUGGCUUUAAGCGACAGAUGAUAUACAUAUCUGACUUCCCAAAAGCUCCAGGAUUGGUAUGCUGUUGCCGAAUGCUCAG